AUGAAUUCCCAACUCGAUUACACAGAGCAACAACAUCACCAAACGCACACUGCUGCAUUCAUUAAUGGUCAUGCCUCGCCUCUUUCAAGCGGAUCACCCAACCUUUUGUAUUCGCAACAACCACUUGAUUACUCGUCACCAUCAAGCUGUGGUACAGCAGCACCACCAUUACAAAUGUAUCCCGAAACGGCCACUGUUAGCAGCAACACGACACCUUUGACACCAGCUGUUUCGCCCUCCAUGUUCGACGUUGCUCAAUUUACUCCUCGCAAGUUUUCGGUUGAUGUUGGCCCAUUUGGUUUUGCAACUCAAGAGUACUUGCAACAGCAAGAUGAUGAGCUCUUUCGCCGUAGCUCAACUUGCACUGAUAUGUCAUACAACGAGUGUAUGCCACCACCUGCUACAGGCCAUGAAAAUUACUAUGUUGAUAGUUACACACAAUUUUUGGCAUCACCUGAAGCACCUGUGAUCGACAAUGUCAAGCUUGAAUCAAUGGAUCAAGUUCAACAACAGCAUCAGCAACAACCUGCACCUGCAUCACAACCACGCAUUCGCUCUUCUGGUGAUGCUCCUGCUGUACAGCAUAAGCACGUGUGCAAGUAUGCUUUUUGUGGAUGGAGUUUCAAGCGUUAUGAACAUCUCAAACGGCACAUGUUGGUGCAUACUGGUGAACGACCCCACGUGUGCCAUUAUCCUGGAUGUGGAAAGAGUUUUAGCCGCUCUGACAACUUUCAUGCACAUUGCCGUACCCACAACAAAAAGAAUGGUCUUCAAGGUACUCAAGGUCGUCGUCAAUCACGUGUUUCCAAAGCAACGUCGACCACUACUACCACUUCUGCUUCAUCUCUCGCUGCUGCAGCUGCUGCAGCUGUUGCUGUAUCGUCAUCGCCUUCUUUAUCCACAGCGGAUGUAACUGGUAAUGUCGCGUUGGUGCCACAAGCUGAUCAUGCUGGAGCUCAGCAUCAGCCCCUGAGCUUUGAUUCCGCUGCUGGAGAUUACGCAAAUGUUCUUUACGAUCAUCGAUCGCCCACCUACCAGAUGAACGAGAGUUUUCAAUACAUGCCAUCGAUGCAAGAACAAGGAUUUUAUGGCACCUCCGAAUAUGCACGUGUUUUGGAUAACAAUAUGAUGCUUGACCCGUGGGGCAGUUUGGCAGCUAGCAUGCCAUAUGGCACACGUCAUAAUGGUGUUACCACUGGUUCCACCGCAGGAUCUAACGUUGUUCAGCUCAAGUCGCACGUGUGUCCUAUUCCUCAGUGCCAACGACGUUUCAAGCGUCUCGAACAUCUCAAGCGCCAUAUGCGUAUUCAUACGCUUGAACGACCUUUUUCAUGCACCUUCCCCAAUUGCCACAAGACCUUUUCGCGUUCUGACAACUUGUCUCAGCAUAUGAAGACUCAUCAGCGUCACGAGGAUCGUCGUAGACGUCAACAGCAACAACAACAAGAAGAAGCCAACAUGACAUGCUCCUCCACAACCUCUCCAGCAACAACUUCACUUUCGGCUCUUACAGCAACACCUGAAAUGCAUGGCUGGAGCACUCUUUCUACUACAAACUCAGUCAACAACACACCCACAAGCGUUGGAUGUUGA